CGUCGCGGCGCCGUCGUUUGACGUGACCAAGACGUACACGCCGUCGUCAGUGUCGAGCAAGAGUCCGUCGCAUGCAGGCGGUGCGUUCGGCAAGGGUCUCUGGGUGCCGACCAAGUCACCGGUGGCGGCGGCAGCUCCGGCGGUCGUCGAGAAGGCAGCCCCAGUGGUCGUUGAGAAGGCGGCUCCGAUCGAGGUGCCGGCUGUGGAUGCAAACACUGCGGUCUACACGCUGUACUACCCGGCACAGUCGACCGCGACGUCCAUGUGGUCAGGCUUCUGGAGCCAACUGCCUUUGAUGGCCAAGCGCUGGGGCGACGAAGUCGUUGCCCAAGUGUCGCUUACCGUGUCAACCGGGCUUCUUGUCCUGCCGGCGACGGAUGUCAACGUUGUUGAAGGCAAGGUGUGUGUCCCAGCAGCCAAGAUCGUGCUCGAAGCUGACGCCUCGUCCCUCGUGCCCGCUCUCCGUCACGUUGCAUUUGUGGCCCCAAGCAAGGACGCCGGCGUUGUAUCGAUCACGGCGACGUGGUCGUCAUCGCCCAAGACGGUGACCAAGUCACCGUCGUUUGUUGUCUGCAUGCACUACCCGGCGCAGUCGACGGCAACGUCCAUGUGGUCUGGCGCUUGGCCCGGUCUCAACGUGCCGCUGCGAUAUGACACUAACGCCAUCGUUCAAGUGACGCUUGCGACGCUGUCCGGAACCCUCCGUCUGGACACGGUUGGCGAUGCCGUGACGUUUGUCGACGGUGCCAAGAACCGUGCGUCGCCCCGCAUGGUGUUGCGCGGUCCCGUGACGGCGCUCCAGACGGCGCUGCGUAGUGUCGUGUACCGAGCACCGACGACCGACGCCGGUGUCGCGACGAUCGACGUCGACCAUGUUUUGGUCGCCGACGCCCCUACGCCGACGUCCACCGUGACGCUGCACUACCCGCUCGUGGUGUCGCCCAUGUGGAAGGGCCAGUGGUCCAACUUGCCGCUGCAGCUUCCGCGCACCACGGCGGCGGUCGUAGCGCUCUCGGUUGCCGUCUCGGAAGGCGCCUUGUCACUGGCACAGAACGAAGAAAAGACAGAGUCGUUGCUGUUGCAGGGGUCGCCCGCUGAACUUGCGCGUCAACUCCGCACCGUCGUCUUCCACGCGCCAGCUGCUGCCACCGGUGCUACGGUCAUCGAAAUGAAGCUCACGACCAUGGCCGAGACAAUGGAUGCGCCGAUGAAGAUCGCUGCGGCGCCACUUGAGCCCGUCCAGUUGAGCACUCCCGUCGACGCCGUCGCCCGCGCCGCGCCAAAGGUCGCGAGUCCCGCGACCGCCAAGCUCUGGGUGCACACCGGUGGUGCUGACGUUGACGCGACGCCGCUCGCUGGGCCCAUCACGGUCCAAACCGUCGCUGCGCCGUCGUUCGAUGUCACCAAGACGUACACGCCGUCGUCCAAGAGCCCAGCGCAUGCGGCUGGCACCUUUGGCAAGGGUCUCUGGGUUCCUGCCAAGUCACCGCUCGCGGCUACAGCACCCGUGGCUGAAGCACGGACCGCUGUGUACUCGUUGCACUACCCGGCGCAGUCCGAGUCGAUGUGGCAGGGUGCGUGGGUCGGUCUCCCGAUCGCGCUUCGCUACGUCGACGCCGCCAUUGCCCAGGUUGCACUCGCCACCAAAGAAGGUACCCUCUCUCUCGAGGCGUCCUCCAGCGACGUCGCAUUGUUCGACGGCGUCAAUGGCGAACCGUCCAAGCGGCUUGUCCUGAAGAGUACGGUGGCGCAGUUGAAACGCGCGCUGCGCCGUGUUGUGUACCACGCGCCGUCUGCUGCUGCCGGUGUCGCCGCUAUCACGUCCAAGGUCGAUCUUGUCCUUGACGCGCCGUCGGCCACGGCGUCGACGUACACGUUGCACUACCCGCGCGAGGUUUCUGCCAUGUGGGAUGGUCGCUGGACCGACUUGCCCUUGUUGCUUCCACGUGUGGCCGCACCCAAGAUGACAACCACGAUCUCCGUCUCGGAGGGCUUGCUUGGCUCUGCGGACGGCAGCGUCUUGUCGUCGGUCGUGCUCCGUGGUUCGUCUGUCGAUGUGGCUCAGCAGUUGGCCAACCUCGUCUUCAUCGCACCGAGCAACGGCACUGGCGUCGCUCUCAUUACCAUGGACUACGAAAUCCUUGAGCGCAAGAGUCCGUCGCAUACAGGCGGUGCGUUCGGCAAGGGUUUGUGGGUGCCGACCAAGUCACCGGUCGCGGCGGCAGCUCCGGCAGUCGUCGAGACGGCAGCUCCAGUGGUUGUUGAGAAGGCGGCUCCGUUCGAGGUGCCGGCUGUGGAUGCAAACACUGCUGUCUACACGCUGUACUACCCAGCACAGUCGACGGCGACGUCCAUGUGGUCGGGCUUGUGGAGCCAACUGCCCAUCGCUGGAAAGCGUGUCGGUGGCACGACGCUCGUCUCGCUCACCGUGUCGACCUCGGUCGGGCUGCUCGCGCUCUCAUCUGCCAGCGCUGCGGUCUCGUGGCUUGAAGGCACUGCCUCUGUGCCGGCCUCCCGUCUUGCGUGGAAGGGUCCGUACACAGACCUCCAGUCCGUCGCCCGUACACUAGUGUUUACGGCGCCGAGUGACGCCGCUGGUGUCGCGUGUGUCACCGUGUCGUGGGUCGUUCUUGAAGAAGACGUCCAAGCCGUCGAAGAAGCAGUUGAAGCGCAAGUCGAGCAAGAAGUGGCUCUGCCGACAGCGCUUCUCAGCGCAGCCGCGCAACGCUACACGCUCUUCUACCCCGCGACGACGACCUCGGUCUCAAUGUGGCAAGGGUCGUGGAAGGGUCUUCCGGUAUCGCUUCGCCACGCCGAAGACACGAUUGUUGACGCCUCGUUCGCGACGGUCGAUGGCACUUUGAGCCUGCACACGCUGCACCCGUACAUCGAAUUCAUCGACGGCAGCAAUGACGAGCGCGUCACGCUUCUGACGCUGCGUGCGUCGAUCGCCGAUCUUGCCAACGCCGUCGAAGACAUUGUGUUCCAUGCGCCAUGUGCCGCCAGCGGCGUCGCCCUCAUCGAGAUGGACGUGGUGGUCAUCGAUGACGCAACGCCGUCCGUGGACGACGAUUGGCACACGGCACCGCCCGUCUCCAUGUACGAGCCCAGCGUGCCGGCCGCGACGUACACGCUGUACUACCCGCCGACGCCCGACUCGUGCUUUGUCAUGUGGGAAGGCGAGUGGACGCACGUGCCCAUCACGCCGCUGCGGCUGCCCGACCACUGCAUCCUCGAGCUCGAGCUCUCGGUGUCGAAGGGUCUCCUGUCGCUCGCCACUGGCAACGUCGAUGUCGAGUUCCUCGACUGCGACGCCGAAGUGCCGACGCACCAGAUCACGGUCAAGGGCAAUGUGCCGGACCUCAACGACGUGCUCAAGGACGUCGUGUACAUUGCACCGAGUGACGCAGGCGGCGUCGUCACGAUCGAAAUGGAUUACGUCAUUGUCGGCCACGUCGAGGACGACGAAUUCAGUGACGACGACGACCAAGAGUUCGUCGACGUUGUGCUUCCGACGGCGUCGAUGUGGGCGCAGCCCGAUGCGUUUGAGGCCAAGCCGCUGCCGAGCCUCAGCAUUGCGUCCAUUGAGCCCGUGACGUCGCCGCGGUCGCCGGCCUGGGUCACGUCGGGCGAGUCGAAUGUCGCGCUCGCGCCAAUCGUGGGUACGCCCGUCUCGCGCAACGCUGCCAACACUGCUCAUGGCAGCGGCAUGUGGGCACCCAAGCGCACCCCGUCGGCAGUCUCAAACGACGUGCACCAGUUGUCGCUCGACGAGUUCCUCGCCCGCGAUACGAGCAAGGACGCGACGGAGGCCUCGUACGCGGCGUCCGACUCGACGUACCUGCCAGCAUCCGAGUGCGACUUCAUGCCGACCGUGCGGCCGAUGGACCUUGAGAUUGGCGGGUCGCCGUCGUCGGUCGCGACCGCCGACAUUCCCAUGAGCCCGCGCCCCGACACGAAGCAACGGGACUGCAAGGCCAACCGCGACUCGGUCUCCAAGAAGACGUUCUGGCCCAAGUGGCUCGUCAACGCCUUCAAGCGCAAGAAGAGCCAUUGA